UUUGAAAUAUGCCACUCUUUCGAUAAAUCAGAUAACAACAUGACAAAAGUUGGUCGUGGAGAAGAAACGAGCAUCGAAAGUCGCGCGAGCGCUUCCUGCGAACCUUUUUCGGAGACAUGUCAACGUGUCGAAAGAAGAACGCGUGAACGACCAUUUUUCUUACGAUUUAUUAACGAUUGUAAUAACGCGGGACACUGAGAAAGACAGAACUCGAAGGGAGAAUAACUGUCAUGAAUCGACGUGGCGGAGUACGAGCUUGAAGGAUCCAUCCAGUGAUUACGCCGAUUCAAUGGCAUCAGCCAUAAUUUUUCGAUCGAUCUACCUCGCGGAGGAAUGCUGCUAACUUUCAGGUUGACCAUGAUCGUUCCGCUACUAAUCAGCGCAGUUUGCGUCGAAGGCAAUUCCAAAAAAUUAUCGUUCGUACCAUCAGAAGAAAACAAAGCACUAGCUCAGUCGCAUCGACAAAGUUCUACAUUCUUGAAGGAGACGUCUGUUCACGAUGGAGAUUCAAAUCUCGUAGAGAAACGGCACUCGAACAAGAACAACGAGUUCCAAGACUCGAGGCUACGUCGUGGUAGUAUGAAUUCUUUAGAAAACGGACUUUCAAGAACAGAUGGCGGAGGAUUAGCUCACAAAAUGGCCAAAGACGCGCUGAAAUCUCCAGAGAUGCAAGAAACUAUAAGGAAACUUUCGCGUGUUGGGACCAAAAGGACUUUUCGUACGAAUGGUAAAGUGCCAGGAAUAUCGAAAACUGGAGCGAAGGCAGCUGAAGAGAGAAGACACCAGAAAAGAAUGAGACACAACGGGCGAAGAAAAAAGAAGAGAAAAAGACACCAUCAAAGACACAGGAAACAGCGUCCUGGUUUGUUAAAGAGGGGAUCCUUUAAGAGAACGUUGGACAGCGAAAGAGACGUUAACGCGUUAACACAGAAAUCAAACGGAAGGGGGAAUUCUAUGAUUAAGCGUAACCCAGUUACUCACGGCGAAAACUCACGCGACAAAUCGUCCACCUCAAAAUCGACUGUUAAAGUUACCGGUGUAAAGGUCGACGAAAACGAUUACGUUGAUUUCUCGACGACUAUGAGUAUCAAGUCCACUCGAAAGUCACAAAAGACCGAAAGUCUUCCUGCUAAACUGCAGCAGAACGGGAAAAUGGUCGAACGUUUAAUGAGAACAACCACGAAGGAUCCGUCGAAAAAGAAUUCUGGCGACCAAGGGGUCGAGUAUUCGGAUUAUUACAGCGACGACGAAAUACUCCAGGAUAUCGCGGCGAAUAAAAUCCCGAUGCAACUAGUAGACUUGAAAAAUCCAAACGAUCGAUUCGCACGACAAGCAGUAAAUUUUACGUCGUACCGUGACAAUCAGAUCGAUAGAAACUUGCAAUCUCACUAUCCGGAUAACAAUGCUCGUAGAAAAGAGUUCAGGUACAACGAUGACAGUGUCAAUUAUCUUAAUGAUUUUCAGAAUUAUCCGACAAUCGAGCGUUCCUCGACACUAAAUCGGAACUCUCGCCUCUUUGGAGCAGAUGAUCCUUCCCUCGGUUACGCGACCAAUUACAAACCUUUGGAACAACGAAGCGGAAACCCCGACGCGCCAUAUUCAGCCAACGUGGCGGCAAUCCCCGAACAAUCGCAAGUACUCGAGGGGAUUAAUAAUCUUGAUACGUUCGAUCCGAAUAAAUUAAACGACAAACAACAACCUGUUGUCGAAGCACAGAAUCCAGAUCGAUUUCAUUAUUUGAAUCAAUACGAAACUUCUCAAGAGCAUUUCCAAAGCUCAAAUUCUAACGAACCUCAGAGCCUAAAUGUAAACGAGCCUGGUGAACCACAAGUUCGUCAAUCUCAAAAUACAAAUAAUUAUCAGCAGAUAGAGUCGAAUUUGCCACGGGAAGAGAGCCUUAAUCAGAGUGCGAUGAAUCAACCUCAAAUAGACAAUGCGGGGAUGCCAGAUGCCAAAGAGAAAGAUACGGAAGUUCAUACUCAAUUCAAUUACUCGCCGCUUCAAUUGUACAAUCUGAAAGAUGAACAAGAGUUGAAAAAUUUCCCAGCACAAUCUGUGUACAAUAUUCCGGCAGUGAAGGUUCCCAACGCGAUGGAUCAGCCCCUCGGAAAGAUUCUGGAAUCGCUGGGAAUUAAUGUGAACGGCGGUUUAAAUAAUGUCAAUCAAAAUGAAAAUUUGAACGAAAAUAUCAAUCAAGUGUUGCCUUACUCGGAUACAUACGCGAAUGGAAUACCAAUGGAACAUUUCAUAAGUCCUGGUUACUUAAAAAAGAAACAAAAUAAUGAGCAAACUAAUUUUUACGAGGAUGGUAAUACGAGAGGAUUGGAAUAUCCAGGAAUUAAAUCUAGAAACAGAAAUAAGGUGAGAGAGGGAUAUUCGAGACAGUCGAAUAAAAAUGGAAUACACAACGAUGAUAUCUUGUCACAUAUGGACGAUUAUAAGGACUCUAGUAAUAACACGAACAUUUCCAUCGUGGUGCACGAUACGAAAGAGGUCGCCAAUCAAAUACUCGAUACCAUAAUGGAGGAAUUGGAGGAACUGAAAGAAGAUCGAUCGAAGAAGAACAAAAGAGAAGGCUUACCUUGCCGUUUGUCAGGGUCCUGGUCAACGGCCCAGGCCGGAAUGAAAUUGGAUAUGAGGGUCGUGAAUCGUACUAUAAUCGUGACUCUUUCCGAUCUCGCGUCACCGCAUUUACACGAAAGUUUCCUGAAUGGAACGUGGAACGUAUCUGGUCACGUCCCAUUCAAACGUGGCUCGCCGUUCACCCUCAUCGCCACCAACAACUACACCAAUUCAAUAGCUGUCUUUGUUGGUGCUUGCAGAGUCUGCCAGGGUAUCGACACCAUAGCAGGUGUUUGGUCUGUAGCUCGACAACCAAAGGGUUGCAAAGACUUUCAGGUAGCCACCAGUGUCUUCAACGAUAUUUUUCGUAAAACAAAAUUGUCCAGUCUGAAAGAGAAUCAAGGCACGAACUCUACGAAGAAUGCAACAAUAAAGCAUAGAAACAGGAAAAGUUAGGGAUAAUGGAACCUUUUGAAAUCCGUAUGACACGGAAGAUUAGGAGAACAGAGAAGAGAAACGUUCGAAAUUUUAAGAGAUCAAAGUAUGACAGUGGAAAUAAUUACCUAACGAUUCAUAUGAAAAUAACGCAUCGCAAUAUGUAGAAACAAGUAUACAAAAAAGA